AUGACCGCGGGCACGGGCGCGGCGUCCCUCAACCUCACCGCGCGCGCGGCGGCGGCGUCCUCCUACGGCUCCGUCGAGGACACGACGUCGGAGAUCGCGAAAGUCCUCCUCGAUCCCAAGUACCCGGACGUCUACCCGUUCGACGCGAGCAUGAUGGCGCGGUACGACGAGAGCAAAGACAGCGCGUUUUACUCGCAGCCGCGGUUCGUGCAGCACAUCGACGACGACGCGAUCAAGGCGCUGACGGGGUUUUACGCGCGGACGUUCCCGGCGAGCGGAAGCGACGACGUCGCGAUGCUGGACGUGUGCAGCUCGUGGAUCUCGCACUACCCGAAAGAUUACGCCGCCGGUCGAAUCUCCGGCCUCGGCAUGAACGAGGACGAGCUCAAGAAGAACCCCAUCCUGAGCGACUACGUCGUCAAAGACCUCAACGAUGACCCGAAGCUGCCGUACGAUGACAACACGUUCGACGUCGUCACGAACGCGGUCUCCGUGGAUUACCUCACGAAGCCGCUCGAGAUGAUGAAGGAGGUGAGGCGGGUGUUGAAACCGGGCGGGACGGCGAUGAUGUCGUUCUCGAACCGGUGUUUCCCCACGAAAGCGGUCAGCGUGUGGACGAGCACUGGCGAUUUAGACCACAUCUGGAUCGUCGGCGCGUACUUUCACUACGCCGGCGGUUUCGAGGGGCUGCGCGCGGAGGACAUCUCGCCCAAGCCGGGAAAGACGGAUCCGAUGUACGUCGUGUACGCCACGAAGCAGGCGUAG